AUGCAGCAAAAGAUUGUGAUGAAGGUGCACAUGAGUUGCCCGAAGUGCCGCACCAAGGCACUGAAGGUUGUUGCUGCAGCAAAAGGUGUGAACUUUGUGGGGUUAUCAGGAGAAUCGAAAGACAUGUUGGUGGUGAUUGGAGAUGGUGUAGAUGCUGUCAAGUUAACGAAUUCAUUGAGGAAAAAGGUUGGACAGACCGAUAUCAUAAGCUUCGCAGAGGUGAAAGCAAGGCUUGACUAA